AGAGAGCGAGAGAGCGAAGCGAGAAAGACAGAAAGAGAGAGAGCGAGAGCGAGAAAGAGCACAUAGUGCUGCAGUGCCCACAGACCACACAUCCUGAUACAGUUGUCUUUCAAUCAUAACCCAGAGCAGCACAACUUUUUCACCUCUGCUUUUGGUUGACACUCUCUGAGCAGGGUCCCCAUCAAGGCCUCAGCAAGAAGAGACAAGACUGGGACUCCACAUCUACUGACCCACAGCCCACCUCCCCAGUGAAAGAACCCUGCUGACCAACAUGGGUUCAGUUCUACCACGGGGAUCCCCCUCAUUCUGCUUCAGGCUCUUCUUCUUCAGCACCUGCCUGGUGCCUCUCCUGUACUUUCUGAGUAUGUAUGGGUGGGGUCUAAACUCCGAGAGACGCCACAUUGUCACCGGGAACCUCACCAUCCUCCUGUGGCAUUGGCCCUUCGGCCCAUCCUACAGCCUGGAGGGAGACGUGUGCUGGGACAGGUACCGUAUCCCUGGCUGCCGCCUGGUGGACCAGCGCUCCCUCUACCCUAGCGCUGACCUGGUGGUCUUCCACCACAGAGAGCUGAUGACGGGCCAGGAGCGUCUGCCCUUACACCUCCCCCGGGCGAGGCACCAGACGUGGGUCUGGCUCUCCCUGGAGUCCCCUGACAACAAUGGAGACCUGAAGCCCUUCAAUAACGUGUUCAAUUGGACCAUGUCCUACCGCCGUGAUGCCGAUUUCACCAUACCAUAUGGAAAGCUGGUGGCGAAGGACAGAGAUACGGGUAAUUAUAGCAGCACACAGGGCUACAUUCCUAAAAAUAAGUCCCACCUGGCCUGCUGGGUGGUUAGUCACUACAACCCCCAGCAAAAGAGGAGCUUGGUGUACAAUAGCCUAAGGAAAAGCAUCAAAGUGGAGGUGUAUGGGCAAUUGGAAGGGAGAGUACUGGCCCCCAGCAACUUGCUGCCCACCAUCUCACGCUGCUACUUCUACCUGGCCUUUGAGAACUCCAUCUCCAAGGAUUACAUCACAGAGAAGCUCUGGCGGAACGCUUACCAGGCAGGGGCGGUGCCUGUGGUUCUCGGUCCGCCUCCAGAUGACUACAAGGCUGUGGCCCCCCCCAACUCCUUCAUCCACAUUGAGGACUUUCCAUCCACUACAGAGCUGGGGAACUCUCUCAGCCAGCUAAUACUGGAUAAGGAGAGAUAUGCUGGGUACUUUGCAUGGCGCCACAGCCAUCAAGUGAAAGUGUACACAGACUGGAGGGAGAGGCUUUGUAGCAUCUGCUCCCAGCAUCACAUCCUGCCUGCUCAGAAGGUGUACCGCGACCUGGAGGCCUGGGUCAGGUGGGGACAUGAAGUCCACUGACAGAGCCUCAAAGGCUUUCUGCAUACCCAAAUGAGCUCCGACUCCAGUGCACUACUUUUGAACAGGGUCCAUAAGUACACCACCUUGUAAAAACGCACAGCUUCAAGAGUGUUAGUCAUCAAGAACCAGUGCAUUUCACAUACACGGACGUGUGUCAAUGAGUCAGUAAAGUACACAUUGAGAAACAGGGCUUUCCUGUGUUAUAGUUUCACCCUCUGCCAAUAACUAGUGUUCCCAUUUUCCUUCCCCACACGCAGCAAAAUAACUUGAGAAGUGGCUCUAUGAACAUUUUAAUUGAUAUCACAGUAAGAUGUGUAAAAACAGCAGAAUUUAAGUAAUAUGUUACAGUACCAAUGCAGAAGGAACAGGAGAUAUACCAAGCCAAACAUUUAACGACACUUAUUUAUAAUGUGUGGAUAUGACAUUGACAAGACUUAUUGCAAGGCGUUCACUAUAAAGCAUUAGAACACCCACAAGGUAAAAACCUUAACUGUGAGAACAAAAUGUAAAAUUUUCAACUUGGAAUAAAUUGUAACUACACAGGAGUUUGGAAUGGAAAAUGUACAGGUAACAUCUUCAGGUUUCCCCAGAGAAUUAGCCAGUUUCAAUAAAUUAUCAAAUAUGCUUUCAAUUAUAAACAUGGGAUUGUGUAAAAACAUGUCACAAGAGAGCAGAGUCACAAGAGGAAAUCACUUUAAAUACAUAUGAAGGCACGAGAUUUUGACUUGGCCAUUUUAGAAAGGCCCGAGCAAAGCAACUAUUAUAGGAUUGAGGAAGUCAGUGACAAACAAUUUAGGUCACUGACAAUCACGUUAACAAGAAAAAAAAAGGUUGAGAGGCAGUACUCAAUGCCCCACGACAGACAUCCUACCGUUUGUCCCUUUGGUGCAACGUGAACUACGGUUCCAGUUUCAAAAUAAUAAAAUCACGUCAGUUAAUGUGCAACAGAUGAAAAAUACAUUCAUGGGUAACAAAACAUACCAGAAUUCUUAGCAACACAAGUACACUGUAUUUGAUACUUCCACUAAUGAAUGUCCUCCUGAGAAAGACAAAAGAAUACUUAGAAACUCUAGAUAAGAAAACUGUCACCUGAAAAUAGCUCACCGCUGGAGGAUAACACAGAACAAAGACGUUCAAGAUAAAGAAACAAAAUAUAUAUAAAAAAAAAUCAGACUCAACAACAGCAAAACUUUGUGCAAAGCCAUCUCAUACCGGAUUCAGAGCCAAUGGUUAACCCCUCCCCAUCCCUUUAGUCAUGAUGCUGGCUGGGGCGUCAACAGUCGUGCAGAUGACUUGUAGCUGAACUGGGUGGGAGGCAAGGCACAACCGAUGAACAGGCAACAUGAAGCAGAGAGACAAAAGGCAGAGAGACACCGGGAAGCUCCAGCGUUGAGCCAUUUAUUUACUGGCCAACAAGCCGCCACUCACCUGACUUUCUCUCUGUGGUCCAGGGGGACUAGGGUGUGGUAGAACUGCAUAUGAGGACACCCGCCUGGGUUGGUGGGGGCUGGAGGACUAAAGAGGUAGGCAUGUUGGGUGGGGAAGGGAAGAGGUGGCCACAUGGCCCGGGCUGGUUUGGAGAACUGGAACCUGUUUAGCUUGUCAGGUGACCCACCAGUCCAGGGUGCAGGGCCUGCUUAAAGACAUCUGGCCUCUGGAGGGGGGGCAUGUAGAAGGUGGGGCCCCCAGGGUGGCCAGAGAGAGAGUACCCCUGCCCGGGGAGGGGGGAGUGAGCCAUGUGCGGGGGAGGGGGGCUCUGCUCAUAGUACUGUCCUUCACACUCCUCAUCGAAGGGGAGGGCCAGGCGCUUCCCCUUCUGUCUGCGGUUACAGAACCACACACGUACCACCUGCCAAAAACAACAAGUCACAAGCUUACCAAACAGCAUCUCCACACCUCUUAUUAGAAAUACAGAACCUGACAGGGUCAGAAGUUAACAGCAUUAAGAUUCAAACCAUGGCAACACAAGCAAGAAGGCAUUUGCCAUAAAUGCAUUUAGGCACCCUGUCAUGUAAGAGGAACUUAAAAUCCAUAUAGGGUUGAGGAAGUAUAAGGCAGUAAGUGAUGGCCAGCUGUAUGGGACUCACAUCUCUCUCCAGACACAGGUCAUCAGCAAUGUGUGUGAUCUCCUGGGUGUUCGGUUUGGGACACUUGACAAAGUAGGACUCCAGAGCAGUGCGCACCGACCCCUCCAGACUGGUCCUCCGCUUCCUCUUCCUGGUGUCCACAAAUACCCGCUCGAUCUUGUACAUCUGGGGACAAAUAUGAACUUAUAUUUAGACCGGGACAUUGCAGUGUGCUUUGGUCCAUUCCAGAGCUGAUAAUACUAUGGUUCCACUCAACCCCCCCUUGCCUAUUUAGCUUCUGCGCUAUUUAACAGUGAACAUUGUCUAAUAAAUAUUACCUUGGU